AUGUCUUAUUUCAGGCCGGCCAGCCGUCGGAUGCCGCGCAAAAAGGCUGCAGACCGCGUGGGUCCGGUCAAGACCCGAAGUCGUGGCGGCUGUAAAGAAUGCCGUGCGAGUCGAGUGCGCUGCGACACGAAGAAGCCAACAUGCACCCGGUGCUCGGAGAAAGGCCUGGUCUGUACAACUCAAUUAGUCCUCAAAUGGGAAUCGGAAUUCGUCAGCCGGGGCCUUGCCUUUGGCCGAGCCGGCGUCUGGAGUAAGGGUCGGGCUGCCGGUGGGCCUUCCCCCAAGCCGUCGCCCUCGGCAUGCCCCUCUAUCUUCUUCGACGGUCAGGAAUGGUGCCCUGUCCCACUCAUAAAAUCGUGGGGCUUCGUCAAUAGCGGGGUUGCAGCAUUUGACCAGCCAUACGAGGUUGACGUUGCAUGCAAUGAAUUGAACGCUAUGGUCGUCCGGGAAGGGGCCCACCAUCGAUUCCCACGUUACGCCGAUGAGAACAGUCUUGAUUCACCGCUUACGAUCAACAGCCUGGAAGCCUCUUUUCCACAAGUAGAGUCUCCAGUGCUGACUCCCUCGUUGUCAUUGUUUCCUCCUAUAUCUGCAUCCAAGGAUCGAUGUCUCUUUGAUUACUAUCUCCAACAGGUGUGUCCUCGGACCACUGCUAGCUCGAAGCUCUCGUCCCCUUUCGCAUCGGUCAUCAUGCCUUUCUGUUUGUCUGCGUCCCCACUCAUGUUCACAGCGAUACAAGCGCUCGGGGCAUGCCAUCGAUCGCGGUUCGAUUCUACGUACAGUGUUAUUGGGCUUCGGCUCAAAGCGCAGGCUUUGCGGGGCCUGCGCCACCGGCUUGCAGAAGAAGGUCCUUUGAGAUGCUCUGCGGACCCGGAGGUGCUAGCUAUCAUGAUGAUGUUGUGUCUCUAUGAGAUUGUAGACAACUGCGAUCAACGCUGGACGAUUCAUCUCAAAGGUGCUAAGGAUCUGAUCCGUCUUCGCCGACAGCGGCAGAAUACUCUUGCCAGAUCCCGUGAUGCACUAGAUCCUGUGUCUGCCUUUGCCGAACUGUUUUUCGCCUUCCAAGAUGUCAUGGGCCGUACUGCCUGCGGCGAGGAAGUCAGUUUUGGCACGGACUACUGGCACGAGAACGAACGGACCAUUGACCUCUGGAUGGGUUGCAGCCCUGAGCUGGUGUCUGUUUUGUCUUCUAUCACCGAAAUGAGUCGAACACGGCGCAGUUUAGCCACCAACGCCGCUCGAACAUCCUUCUCGCAGCGGGCAGCGUCCUUGGUGCGGAAGCUUGAGCACCUCGUCCAGGAAGUCGACGGUGACGAUGAUAACGAUCUCCAAUCAGCGGCGGAGCUCAAGCGUCUUGCCGCUGUACUCUAUCUGCACUGCGCCUUGUAUGGGGCGUCUCCAUCCACGCCAUUGGUGGUGUGCUACGUUCGGAAGAUUCUGCGGCUUGUGUCUGAUCUUCUCGACUCGGGCCCGUUGGUUAGCAUGACCUGGCCUGUCUUCGUGGCUGCAGUCGAAUUAGAUCCAGUCCAAGAUGAGGUGUGGAGAGAUGACAAUGGGGAGACCGUUGUCUAUGGGCGACCCUUGGUCCUCAGGGCGCUGGCUGCGAUGGCGGAGUCCAGUGUGUCUAACGUUGCUCGAACUCGGGCGGUCAUUGUGAAAGUGUGGCAGGCGCGCGAUAGCGACAUGCUGAAAGGGUCGCCUCUGGACUCAUCGGACGAGGCUCAGGGCUGCAAUGACUGGGAAUGGUAUGUUGCUCCUAUCAGCAAUGCGAUGAGCUUGGCAUGAUACAA